AUGAACAAACUAGCUGUCAUCUUUGGAUGGAUUUUCAUUAACGCAUGGUAUAUGGAGUGUCUCGUACAGAUUGUAAUGGCUGCCAACAGAUUCUGCAUCAUUACAUUGAAACAAUAUCACAUCUUUACUUUCAAGUUUACCAUGUGGCUCUUCGUGAUUCUCAUUUCAAUAACCACCUUCUCCGCAGUCUGUACUCAAUAUCUGUUCCCAUGCUGUGUAUUUAUCUCCGACCACACAAUAAUGUCCUUCAUGUUUGUCAACCCAGACAAUUCGUAUUCAUACUCCAAUCUGAUGUUAGUCUCAUACGAUAUCUUCUGUACAAGCACAUCCACGUUGUGCUACAUUUCUGUGUUUUUCUCAAUUCGAAAUUCAUAUAAAGAAGUGUCACACGUUCGAAGUAAUCAGAAUAACAAAGCAAACAAAGAUAUCAAAUACCUCCUCCAAUUCGUGUUCAUUUCUGUCUUCUACAUUUUCACUUGGGUUCUAUUCGAAAUUCUUCCCCAUAUUGUCCCAGCAGGACAAGUCGAAUGGUUCUCAGUGGUUCCUGUCUUGGUGACACUCAAUUGUUCAUCCAACUCUGUGAUCUACUUAUGUGUAAACCGAGAAGUUCAAAAAUCAAUUCAAUUCGCAUGGAGCCGGAGCAAAGUGAGCAUAUCCAAAGUGUCGACGAAUGCGACGAAUGCACAGUCUUCCGCUGCUGUCGAUAACUGA